AUGAGGCCAGCGCGGGGCCGGGGAGACAGUGGCGGCGGGGGGCCAGUGCUCCCACUUUUGCUCCUGCUUUUGCCGUCGCUGCGGGCGGACGAGGCCGGGGUGGUAUCUGGGGAGCCGUGCUGGGAGGCUCUGCUGCGCUGCCAGGGGGAGCCUGCGUGCAGCUCGGCCUACAGCCAGAGCCAGGCUGCGUGCAAGCCGGUGCUGGGGGGCGCGGGCGGCUGCCCCAGCCACUGCGUGGGCGCGUUGUUGCAGCUCAACGGCACCCGGCGCGGGCCAGCCCUGGAGCGCUGCGAGUGCGGGGCCGACGCGCUCUGCCGCCGCCUCAAAGCGGCCCUGGAGCCGUGCCUGCCGCGGCCCGCGCGCGGUGGCCUAGGGUGCACGGCAGCCCGACGUCGCUGCCAGGCCGAGCCCGCUUGCCGGGACACGCUGGCCUCCUACCUGGCCCGCUGCGGGCAGCUGUUCAACGGGCGCCGCUGCACGGCCGCGUGCCGCGCGGCCAUCGAAGCGCUGCUGGCCACGGCCGGGGGCCCGCUGCUGGAGCGCUGCGUGUGCGACGGCGCCGAGCGGCCCUUCUGCCAGGUGCUCAAGGACAACAUGGGUCGCCUGUGCUUCGACCCCGCCGCCGCCGCCGCCGCGGAGGCCGAGGACGAUGACUACGAGGAUGAGGAGGAGACGUCGCGCCCGCCGCCGCCCCCUCCUCACGGUCCCAGCGAAACACUGUGGGGUCGUUCCAGGGCCCAACCGCUGCGGCCAGGGCUGGGGCGGCAGCAGGGGCGCUCGGGGGGAGCCCUGACCCUGGCUCUCCUGGGGCUGGCGCUCUGGCUCCUCCCCGAGCUCUAG